AUGGGGAACUGCUGUUCCUCUUGCCUCCGCAGGAGACAAAAAGAUGGUCUCUACGAACCGGUCCUCGCUGAUAGUGAGCGAGAAGCUGUUGCGGAUCUACUUCAGUAUCUCGAAAACCGAGCUGAAACAGAUUUCUUCUCUGGCGAGCCGCUUCGCGCCCUGAGUACUCUGGUCUACUCUGAUAACGUCGAUUUGCAACGAAGCGCUAGUUUGACCUUUGCUGAGAUCACCGAACGAGAUGUCAGAGAAGUUGACAGAGACACACUCGAGCCCAUAUUGUUUCUUCUGCAGAGUCCCGACAUUGAGGUGCAACGAGCAGCAAGCGCGGCAUUGGGCAACCUUGCCGUGAAUACCGAGAAUAAAGUUGCCAUCGUUCAACUGGGCGGCCUCGCCCCUCUUAUCCGUCAGAUGAUGUCACCUAAUGUCGAGGUCCAGUGUAAUGCAGUGGGCUGUAUCACCAAUUUGGCUACGCACGAAGAUAACAAGGCCAAGAUUGCGAGAUCUGGCGCUUUGGGACCUCUAACAAGACUCGCAAAGUCCAAAGACAUGCGGGUUCAGAGGAAUGCCACCGGCGCGCUGCUGAACAUGACUCACUCAGAUGAUAAUAGACAACAGUUGGUCAAUGCCGGCGCAAUCCCUGUCCUUGUCCAGUUGCUUUCCUCGCAGGAUGUUGACGUGCAAUAUUAUUGCACCACUGCCCUUAGCAAUAUCGCUGUCGACGCCAAUAACCGCAAGAAGCUCGCGCAAACAGAAAGCCGACUUGUUCAGUCGCUUGUCCACCUUAUGGACUCGUCAUCUCCAAAAGUGCAGUGCCAAGCGGCGCUUGCCCUGCGGAAUUUGGCCUCGGACGAAAAAUACCAACUCGAGAUUGUCCGUGCUCGGGGACUGCCGCCUUUGCUCCGGCUUCUGCAAUCAUCGUAUCUCCCGCUGAUACUCUCUGCGGUCGCCUGCAUCCGUAACAUCUCAAUUCACCCUCUAAAUGAAUCACCGAUUAUCGAUGCCGGCUUCCUGCGCCCCCUAGUAGAUUUGCUUGGCUCCACAGACAAUGAGGAGAUACAAUGCCACGCAAUCUCCACUUUGCGCAACCUGGCAGCAAGUUCUGACAGGAACAAGCAACUUGUUCUUGAGGCAGGUGCAGUGCAAAAGUGCAAGGACCUCGUUCUUGAUGUGCCUCUGAGCGUCCAAUCCGAAAUGACGGCAGCAAUUGCUGUGCUUGCGCUCAGCGACGACUUGAAGACUCAUUUGCUGAACUUGGGAGUGUUUGACGUGCUCAUUCCUCUCACUGAUUCCGAGAGCAUCGAGGUACAGGGUAACAGUGCAGCAGCCUUGGGCAAUCUCUCGUCCAAAGUUGGCGAUUACUCCAUCUUUAUUCAGGACUGGACACAGCCCGAUGGAGGCGUGCAUGGCUAUCUGCGGCGAUUUUUAGCCAGCGGAGACCCCACAUUCCAACACAUUGCGAUUUGGACACUGCUUCAACUGUUAGAAUCUGAAGACAAGCGGCUCGUCAAUUUGAUUGCGCAGUCGGAGGAGAUUGUCCGCAUGAUCAAGACUAUAUCCGACAAAACCAUAGAACCAGACGACGAGGACAGCGAAGACGGCGAGGGUGAGGUUGUGAACCUGGCUAGACGAUGUCUCGACCUUCUCGGACAAGGGCCCAAACACACUCUUGUGGAUGCCUAA